GCUCCUUUCCCUCACAAUUCCAUCUCUCGCUCGUUCUUGAGCGUCGCCAUUCGACACGCGUGACGAACGCCGCAUUACACCGUGACAAGUGCCUGAUCAGGCUUCCAGGCGCCGACUCGAGGAAAUACGCCCCAUCACGCUUGACUCGUGAUUCGCAGAACGUGACAAAGCCGACGGCUUGAACCACACUCGACGCGCUUUCCGUUGCGGACGUGUCUUUCCGUUCUCUUUGUCCCUCACACAACAACGCUGAGACCCCGCCUGGCCGAUGCUCGCAUCUUCUCCCCUUUGAUCUGCAGCUCGCGGCACGAGUACAAUAAUGGCGACCUUUGCUUCUCUGACCAUGCCCCCAAUGGAGGAAGCCAUGGAAAUGUCAUCGCCAGCACCAGGACAGCAGUACGACGGCGACAUCGACAUAGUCUUUGACGACUAUCCAGCUGAGACCGUGCCACACGAUGACGACCAUAUGUCAGAGGAUGGCGAUAUGAUGCGCCCUGGUACAGCGGCAACUGAUGACUUGAUGGCCGAUGUCGAACAUGCCAACGUCACGAGUGUCCCGACCAUUAUCGAGGAAGAGAUGCAAGACAGUGAUGAUGCAACACAGCCGGCUGAAGAGCAGAUGGAUGACGAAGAACUCAUAGAUUACGAAGAUGAUGAGAUGUAUGUCGGCAACCCCGCAGAAGGCCAACCUGGCGAGGAUGUUCAAAUUGCGGAGCAGGCCCAAAGCGUGGCGACUGUGGUAUCGACGAUGCCAGCUGAAGAGAGCGUGCCUGCGCCCCUGGAAGCGUCCGUAGAGCACGAGCCUGCUGUCAAAGAGAUCGCGCAAGUCUCCGAAGAUGUGGCAGCAGAGACUGUGCCUGAGCCGCAGACCGAGCACACUGAGACUGUCUCCACGUCGGCAGAGGACACCAAUAUCUUACAAAGUGAAGCAGUCCACAACGAUUCCGUGCAGCAAGCAGACAGCGUGGGCCAAGGAGCCACAGAAGCAGACGCUACUUAUUCGGCAGUAUCCGAACCGAAGACGGCAGAGACUGGCGAUGAUACGCAAUUGCCUCAACAGCAGGAGCUUGAAGCCACCGCCGAAGAAGAGAGCCUAAAGCAAGAGGCUGAUGACCUUGCAAUUAAGCCAGCACCUCUUCUUCCAGGAGCAAUUGAUGUGUCCAGUACGCUCGUACCCGAAGGCCCCCCUACUCCCACAGACUGGACUUUGCACGCCAUUUCCAUACAGUAUCGUGAUCAUGUGUGGCCACUGUUCAAGUCGCGCUCACAGCCUGACGGCCUACUCAAAGAUGACAAUCUACUCAACGUCAGCUUAUCUGACCUCAUAAGCGAGCUUAGAGGUCGGCUAGAGCUGAAACUUGACGAGGACGACUCGAUCGCAGAAUCUCGAGAGCUUGUGUUGAACUUUGAGAUAUUUGGGCUGAUGGUCGCCGAGUCAUCGGUACAUGCCUCUGCUGCAAGUCUCAACGAUGUACUCAGCGUAUACCUAAAGCUCCAUGACAACGUCGGCAUCCCCGAGCACGACGCGCCACCCCUCUUGAUAACACUAACGACACAACUGAACUUCAGCAACAGUAUCGCGACGCUUAAGCAUCUCGCGGCGACCGGGGCCGGUCUGCCUGUGGUCGAGAACGAAGAAGAAGAAAACGAGUAUGCCGAAGAAGCGGAAGGUACAGAGGCAGAGGUCCAUCCAGUCCAACCUGAGGCAAGUACGCACGAGGACGUCGACGAUCACUUCGAGGACCAGGACCACCAGCAAUUACCAGAGGAUCACGCUGGCGAGGGUGAAUACAACCAGGAGUAUGACUACCAAGAAGAGGAACCGGCCAAUGACGGAGAAGACACUGAGUACUACGAGACCCAUGAGCAGGAAGCAGAUGAAUACGACGAGGCAUACCAACCAUCCGCUGAAGAGAACCUAGAGGCAGAUGGAGCGGCAGCCGAGGACGCUGUGAAGUCGGACUUGCGAGCAACAGAUCAUGAAGGUGCUGUCGACCCAGAGUCUCAUAUAAGCUCGGCCGCUGUUAGUGCCGCCGCCGCGCACGACACGACUGAGCUGUAUGAGAAUCCCGGCGACGAUGACACUUCUCCUCCGUUGAACCAGGAUUCGACUGAGAUAGCAGAGGAAGCCGCUGUUGCCGAUGGGCUACUCGAAGAAGCUGAGGAUCAAGCGGUCGUAGCCGCGGAUCCGUAUGCUCUGGAGUUCGACAACGAGGACUUCUCCUAUGAAGGUGAUGAGCAGUACGGAGGUAGUGAUGCCGAUGCUCAAUACAAUCCUGAUGAACACGACGACCAAGAAGGUGCCGUGACUGCCACUGCAGCUGCCGAACUCGGCCACGACGAUGGGGAAGGACUGAUCUCCACUGCGAAUGGCGAGUUGCAUCACGCAGAAGAAGAGCAAGACUUUGACCCUGCCUUCGACCUUCUUGAUGAUGAUGGCAACGAGCCGUUCGAUCACGACGAAGAGUCAGCAGAAGCCGUACCUCCGGUUCAGCCCCUCGAGCACGAUGAGGACGACAUCGGAUUUGAUCUUGAUGACGACGAAGAUGCGCCGACCACACCCACUACUUUGACCCCACGUCAGGGCAAGCGAUCGCUCGACGAGGCGGCCGAUGAGGACCACAUUGACUUCGACGAGCCAGAGCUGAAGAAAGCGAGGGCGGACUAGGUCACUUUCUUGCCCGCUGCAAAGGCCUGGCAGAGAGGACACAAUUUGCGAGCCAGAAUCCGCCUCUCUGCGCUGUAACCUUGACAUCUCGUAUCUACUAAUCAGCAGGUGCUAACCAUAGCAUGUCCAUGCCACCGCCCAGCACGGAGGCAUACGGCCCGAAACGACAAUGUCGCGACCCAACGGUGAGUCAUUAUCGCUCUAACAUACGCAGACACACAGCACAGACCGGAGGACCGGCAGAACCAGGAUGAAAGCAUGAAAAAUGGGUGGAGUGGCAUUUUCGAGGAUUGGCGUUCUGUUGCACAAAAGAUACCCCUGGCAAAAGUUCUUCCACGAGAUAGCUUGCAGAGCUUUCAUCCAUUUCAGCACUAUUUGCGCUACUGCAAUACUGCUUCGAUGUAUUUCUCUGAUACCCCUUUGGAUCAAUCCGUAGUAAUGAUACACUUCUGUACAACAUGCGUCUCCGCACUGAACGCCGUGACAUAGUAUGCCGACGCAGUUUGCCCCGA